GCGCUCCAGCCACGCGCAUGCGCCUCUCACUUGUUACAAAAACUAGGUUAUAUCGGAAAUUUUCAAACCGACGAAAAUGUAACAAGUUCGCGACAAAAUGAGCAAAGACAAGACGUUUCAAGAGCGCCUGAAGAACAUCUUCAAGAAGAAGCCAGAUUUAGUCAAUGUGCCCCCAAACCGCGAGUUUAUCCUAACCGAUGAGCUGCUGCGCGACCUGGGGAAGGACGCCCCCACCCACACGCGCGUCAAAGCCAUGAAGGAGCUGGCCCCGCAUUUGGCCAAGCUCGAGCCGAACGGGGUGGAGAAGUUGUGGAGUUGCAUUCAGGACAUGUUCCUGCGGGAGUACCCCAACGAUGUGCGGCAUGCCACCUUUGGGUUUCUCCAGAGCGUGAUUCGGAGCCAGUUUGAGAGGAUUGAUGUGAUGAGGGCGCAGUUUUUUCGCUUUAUUAAGCACCAUGAUAACCCCCAGGAUGUGGCUCAUAGGGUGGAUCUUUUGGCCGCUUUGACCAAUGACGGGAAGGAAGUGGAGCACUUUGAGGAGGAAAUUGGGCCGUUUCUGCUCAAUUGGAUCACGGAUGUGAGUCGGGUGGGGAAGUUGCACGAAUUUUUGAAAAUUUUGGAUAAUGUGAUCAAGUUUAAUUCGCCGCAUUUGGACGAGUACACAAUGACCGGCUACGUCAAACACAUUUGCGUCUUGUGCUGCAACACCAAUCAAUUCCCGAUCGUUAUUCUGUGCUUACAAAUUUUGGGCACCGUUGUGGCUUACAGUAUUUUACCUCCAGAGUCAUUAUCACAAUUUGUGGGUACUUUAUGUCGCACUGUAAACAUCAAAUGUUACUGUCCCGCGAGUUGGAAGACCAUGAAAAACUUGCUUGGGACCCAUUUGGGUCAUUCGACCCUAUUCACAAUGUGCCGUUUUUUGCAAGAACCGAACUUAAAACACGAUGCUGGGCUUAUGAGAGGCUGCGUUUUUUACAUACAUAUGGCACUGUGGGACAUUAAUUCGAUGCAAAAUCUUUGUUGCCCCCCUAGCUCUGUCCUACCCUCAGUUUUACAAGCGGUUCGGUGUAACCACCCAUCAGUGGCGUACGAAGUGAUUUUAGGGAUCCAAAAAUUGAUAAAUAAACAAGGAUUGGAUUUAUUGGAGCCCACGUGGGACAUAAUCCUUGAAAUAAUCCUACACAUAGUCAAACAAGUCGAAUUGGCCCCAAAUGAAGUUCCUAACAGCUCAACAGCACUGACAUUGCACGAAAUUUUGAACACAAUCGAGAAUCUAAUCGAAGUUGGCAAUUACAAGGGUUCAAUGAACCAGUUUUUUGCAGUCAUUCAUGAAUGUUCACGUGAUCGACCCGAAACAAGCGUCUUAAAACUAAUCAAAUACCAGUCGAAAAAUAUCAGACCGACUGAAAGUGCCUGGUUACAGAACCUAUUCAAUUUACUUAGCAAUUAUUUCAAGCCCGAAGUUCGCACUAACAUACGCUUGAAAGUCCUGAACGUGCUUGAGGACACGAUACGACUUUACGGUCUCUACGAGGACGAGCUAAUCAACCACAUUGUCAUCCCACACAUGCAAAAUAUCGCCCAAGACGACAAUGUCGUGGUCCGAUCUGAAGUAGCGAAGCUUUUGGUUGAUUUGUGCAAAAACUACAACAGUAACAUUUGCACCGAACUGCUCGAAAUCCUCGAAAAGCUACUCCAACGCCCACCGAACGCAAACAACGAAUCGGAUUUCCUGGACGUUGGAGUCCUCGUCCCGGGAUUGGUCCAAGUCUUCGCGCGCAAAAUCCACAAAUUACCGUCAAGCCACGCCGUCUUGAUUUACAAAAUUUUCGUCAACUUCCUCGAACGCAAUUUACUCAAACCGCCGUUUAAGGAAUUUAAUCAAAGUCGGCUCAUGAUUUUCGAUUGUUUGUUAAAUAUGCGGGCUGAUAGUUACUGUCGCCUCGGGCUACCUGAUCCCGAUACGAAACAAAUGAAGUACAGUCCGUAUUUGUGCGUGAGUUACAAGCCGAACGAACCGAUUGUUACGUCACCGCCGACUACGUCGCCCAGUCAAACGCCAGUUUGUAAAGUGACGUUUCUCGCAAUCGAGAGUGCCUUUAAAUUGUUGUUGAAUUAUUUGGAAAAUGAGAAAGAUUGGGAAAUUUUGAAGCUUGUUAUGGAAAAAUUGCCGAAAAUGUUGGGCAAUAAAGCGAUCGUUUUGACAAAAAGUGGUAAUCCGGACCUGAACAACCUUGUCGAUGUUUUGUGUACCAUGUUACAAAACCGUUCGCUGAACUUAAGCGAAGUCAAAGUGACUCGUUUGGAGUUUCAAACCGCCGUGGUGUCAGUCAUGGUGGCACUGUCGUCCUAUGGAAACAGUCUCGACCAGUACCACCAACAGUUGCUGAUAAAUACCCUAACUCGAAGCACCGGCACCGACCCACGUUGUUCCCGCCAGUCGAUAAAUUCCCUAACAAUUUGUAUGGUCGACAUGCGUGAAACAAUGAUGAAACUACUACCUGACGUUCUCCUACGUCUAUCAAAAAUAUCCGCAACUAAAUACAUCGCAAUGCCGGUGUUGGAAUUUCUAUCAACUCUAUCGCAGUUACCUAACGUUUACGCGAAUUUUGUCGGCGACCAAUACAUGGCCGUCUUUGCUAUUGCGCUCCCGUACACUAACCCGUUCAAAUAUGACAAUUAUAUCGUCUCAUUAGCCUAUCACGUGAUUUCGGUUUGGUUCCUAAAGUGUCGUCUGCCGUUUCGGCGCGAUUUUGUCAAGUUUAUAGUGAGCGGUCUGCAAACAAACGUCAUGGUUCCGUUUCAAGAAUUAAGUCAAUUUAAGUUGAGCUUAAGUAGCAUGAAUCAGGACAGCUCUGACCGGAAGCGCAGCUCGAGUCUCACCGAACAGGGCUCCAGACGCCGCGUUAAGCCCGACCCUGUCAAAAAGAGCCCCUUUAUCCAGAAAACAACCCCGAGAGACAAGACUGUUUUAACGUUCUACGAGGAAUUGAACGAGACUUGUAUUGAUUUAAUGGCCCGGUACACAUAUUCCCCGUGUAGUGCUCUGCCCUCGCGACUCCCCACCGCUGAGUUUUUGCUAAAUGGGGGCAUUUCCAAGUCGUGGAUGUUGGGCAAUAAAUUGAUUACGAUUACGACGAGUGGUUGCACCGAACGUGUGUUAAAACACGGCGUUUGUGAUAAGUGUUGGUCGUUGUGCAGUUCGCAUAAUAAUAGCAAAAUUGCGAGAUAUGCAAGGAGCAAUAGUGGGAAUGAGGAGAAAGAGUCGUUUCUGACGCGACAAGGUUCGAGUGAGGAGGGGAAAAGGUACGAUUCGGCCAAUCUACCGAAGCUGAUUGGCGGAGAUGACAGGAGGGAGGCGCUAGUGUGCGCGUGCUGGUGUCAGGGGUGGGCCGAAGUGUUGAUCAGGAGGCCCACGGGCAACGUGUCCUGGGUGAUGAAGGUCCAGAACCAGGUCUCGUUCAAGCAGCACAUUUUCGAAUUCCCCCUCAACGAAAUGUCCACUCUCUACAUGCCCGACCUGUUCUUCGAGCCAAGCUCAGCCAUCUCGAUCGAAGAACAGGAAGAAACGGAAGAAUUUGAAGAAGCUGUAGCUUCAUCAAGCAGUCGUCCGGUCAGCGUACCAGGCUCACCCACCAAACAGUCUCUAUCUAGGCAAAGUUCGCGCGAUAGCGCCGACGACGAACUAGAAUUCGUGUACGACGACGGAACAAAAUCACGAAAUCCCGUCCGUCGUUCGAAUUCUAGUCCCGAAAUGGCAAACUGGAAAAAUCCCUUCGUGCAUCAAAAAAUCGAAAACGACUCGGGGAAUCCCGACAAGAAGGACGUCAGAGUGAGCUGUGAGGCGAUUCCGGAGGAGAUUUCCGGUUUAGGGACAAGUCCGCCGACUGGAGAGCCCCCGAAACAGGAACACCCCUCACUUCUCACGUGUUACAGUUAUCCGGGGUCUUCGCCCCCUGGUGAAAGUGGCAUAGCCCCUAAACCCUACAAAACGGUCCCGGCGUCCCCCAAUCAAAUCAAUUCCCAGUCACAGCCGACUUUUGUACAAGAAACGAACGUCCUUGACCGACCUAAUAAUUUACCCAACUUGACUAAUCUAGCCCCCUUGACCACCAAACCGCCCCAGAGCCCCACUCAGACCUCGCCCCGACUGCAGCGGCACGCCGACAAAGAAAAAGACGGAACCUCGAUUCAGAAGAGCUCGUCUUCGUCCAAGAUCGAGAAAAAUCGUGCGAAAGCGCCGGACCCGAGUUUGGCCGAAAAGCGCGAUCGGUUGCACACGAUCUCGGUCAUGAGCACAUCGACCCGAAAACCAACACCACCGAAAAAAAUCCCUAAGGAAAUACUCAAAAGUGGUUUAAACCCUAGUUUUGUUUUCCUCCAAUUGUACCACACUGCGUGCUUUGGUAGCACUUCCGAAGUGCCACUUUACGUACCCUCGUGUACUGUUAUCGACCGAGCGAUCGGUAUUUUAGAUCGGAUGUAUCCGUACGAAGUGCACAAAAUCGGGGUCUUGUACAUUAAUGAAGGCCAAGUCGAAAAGGAGGCCGAAAUUUUGCGCAAUACGUGUGGGUGUGUCCGCUAUAUGGAGUUCUUGCAGAACUUGGGCACUUUGAUUCGAUUGGCCGACGUUAACCCACGUGAUAUUUAUCUAGGGGGCGUGGACCAGGGCGGGGCCGACGGCAAGUACAUGUACACGCAUCAGGACGAUUUGGUUAUGUUGGCGUUUCAUGUGGCGACUUUGAUGCCGAAUAAAGAUAGCGACCCGAAUGGAAAUUACAAAAAGGCGCACGUUGGCAACGAUAACGUUGUCAUUGUGUACAACAACAGUGGGCAAGAGUUUGACAUUAGUACGUUUAGGAGUCAGGUGACUUUGGCGUACAUCAUCGUGGAGCCACUCGAUUAUCAGUGCAAUAAAGUCGAGGUCAAGGUCAAGUCAGACUUGUUGAAAAUCAUUGGAUCAAACGAGGUUAUAGUUGUUUCGGACCAAAGUGUGUCAAUUUUAGUGAGGCAACUUGCCAUACAUGCCGAUUUGGCAGCGACUGUUCUCAAUUCGCUACGGAGUCACGCGACUGAUCCGUACGCCUCUAAUUGGCUGGAAAGACUGAGGAAAUUGAAAAAUUUGAGAGAGAAGGUCGUACAAGAGAACAAUAAGAGGAAAGAGGCGCAGAAAGGCUUCAGCGAGGAAAAGGACAUCGUGGAGGAUUUUACCGACUUUACAUAAUUUUUUGUUGCAUUUCUAUUACCAUUACCCAAUAUAUUACUAUCGAUUGA